AUUCGGCAAUUCAGUUGUUUCUUCAAAUUCAUGAUCCACAACUGUUAUGAUGUAUUUGUCAUUUUUUCUCCUCAACUUUGUUUCGUGUUUCGUUAAUGGUGUGACAAAUUCGUCUGUGAGUUCAAUUAAUAGGGACCCCUGUAGCUACUGCAACGUUCAGUUGACUUGCCAGUGCACGGACCUAGGCAAAGCCGUGGACUCUUUAAAAGUAAAGGUAGAGAAGUUUACUGGAUUGAACAACAGUACUCUUGGGGGUUGUGGUGCAAUAAAGUCCGUAGAGGCAAAAGUGGAGAGUCUAAUUAAACAGAACAACAAAACUUCAGGGGUAGGCGAUGCCGUAAAGACAUUAGAAGCAAAGGUGGAGAGUCUUUUUGCGCUAACCAACAAGACUUUUGGCAUCAGCGAUGUGGUCAAGUCUUUGGAGGCGAAGGUGGAGAGCCUUACAGGACUAAACAACAAAACUUCUGGCGUCAGCGACGCUGUAAAAUCCCUGGAGGCAAAGGUGGAGAGUCUGUUUGGACUGAUUAACAGAACUUUCAUUCCACAAACGGUUCAAAAACCAACAGGUAAUCUAAAAGAUAAUUAUAAAUAUUUAAGCGUCAUAAAAAAAAUCUCAUUCAGUUUAAUUAGUUUUCAUCUUACUCCCUUUUAUAUCCUUUCUUAACAUACUGUAAUGUCGCCUGGUCCUCCACCUACUGUUCCAACCUAAACUGUAUUUACCUUUUGUAAAAGCGUCUAGUGCGGCUCAUAACAAAAGCUCACUAUCUAGCAAAUACCGCCCCUUUAUUUAGCCAGCUUAAAGUCCUUGACAUAUUUGGUAUUAAUUCAUUUUCUGUCGCUACCUUUAUGUAUUCUUAUCACCAUAAUCUUUUGCCUAGUAGCUUUCAUGUCUUGUUCUUAAGUAGUAAUCAAGUCCAUCAAUACGAAACUCGACUAGCCUCUCAGUAUAGACCUCAUUUUUGUAGAACAAAUAUAAAGCAAUUCAGUAUCCUUUACCGAGGACCUAAAAUCUGGAAUUCGUUGCCUGUUUCACUAAUUAGCUCUCCUUCUAUAUUUGUUUUUAAAAAAAAUUUAAAGAAUUAUCUCACUGACAGCCGAUCUGUCGCUUAAUUUUCUGAUCUUGUUCACUCUGCACUCAGCCAUGAAUUUAGUUCACUAGGUAGUUGAAGGAAGCCUAUUAAUAUAAGCUUCAAGCCUCGUUAGGCUUCCUUGUCACAUUAAUUUUAUAAUUUAAUUAACAACUUUUAUUCAUGUUGUAUAAGGUUUUGUGAGUGACUAAAUAAAUAAAUAAAUAAUAAAUCUUAUUAUUCUCAUGUCAUCCUCAACUACUUUUAGCUUCUGGUCUUGCACUGUUUUGCAACACUGCAUUCUGGUAUUUAGUCAAAACUGUAGAAUCCCAUGCUUACUAGAUACUCCUUUGGUCGAAAAAUUUAAAUGAUUCCCUUUAUUAGGGAUCGAAUUUUGAAAAGUUGAUACGGAAUAAAUGUACUCUGUGGAACAUAAAAUAUUAAGAGUGGUUGUCAGAGAAAACUGGACAAAAUGUUAAAAAUGUCAACGGAAGGGGGUCAACAGAAUAAGUUCAUACUAACAUCAUAGGUAGGUCUGGUGGAGUAAUGGACAAAUAUAUCAAACAUAGGUUCUUCACAGCCCUUGUAUUAGAGAUACGAGCGUCACUUUAUUCGACCACCUCGGACGCCAUUUUUAUAAGCAAAUUAUCACCAUUUUGUGAAACUCACAGAACCCGCAAAAUUUAACGAGCGAAGUUUAUUUUUUGUGCAUGCGAUACAACACAUCACAGAACUACUUUCUAAAACCGUAAGAUUUGUUAAGUAGCCACGGACAAGACUAAAAUUUUCUUAUUUUAUUUGACCUAAACUCACUGUCUGCAAACGAGCAAAAAUCGGGCAUUUUUGAAUUGAUUUACAGCGCACAACUAAAACGACAGAACAACUCUGACAGCCAAACUGCAGUCUACUAUCAUCCAUGUAACCAAAACACUAAUAAUCAUUUUGGGCCAUUGAAACAGGAAGAAAUUAGAAAACUCACAUUUUAUUAUAGUUUCCUAUCUUUUUCUUGCAAACAGGCCGAUCCCUUCGUGUUUGUUUUAAGUCCUCUUCGUGAAUUUUCUUUCAUAUUUCGCAGUAAAGUAUGUUCAACAGCUGGAGGAAAUAUCAAAAAGUUCGAAAUACUGCCUAGGUUACAAUUUAAAAGGGAAAAAAGUGCUGAACGAUGAAACUAGAAAAUAACAAAGCGACGCCAUCUUGAAAAUUCAGCACUCAGGAGGGACUGGCACUAGUAGCUGCCUUGUCCACAAGAUGAUAAAUUACCAAAUGGCUAAAAAACAAAAAAGAAACAAACCGGCUUAUCAGCGACCUAGUACAGUCCUAUUUCUUCUUCAAUUACUACUUUUAGUUAAAUUUAGCUUGUUUUGUGUUGUCGUGGGUGUGGCGAACAGGUGACCAAUUGGCAUUACUUUAUUCAGUCUUCAUUUGCUCUUCAUUCACUUCAUUUUGAGUUAUCCCGUAUAAGUCUAAGCGUUUCUUUGGACUCUUUAUUGUAUUUUCUAUUUUUGCGUCAGUCUUUAAUCACCGUCUCCUGUUCAUGAUUUCCUGAUGCACUUUUCAUAGUCCGGAAGACUUGGGGGAAGUGAUUGACUAGUCAUAAGCUUCAUGGGUGGGGAGGCUGAGUAGUUGUUCCUUGGACUUGGCUGUCUAGAGACUCAGUACAGGCACCUUGUAACAAUUAAGAGUCAGGUCCGUAAUCUGACUAACUGUCAGUCACUAAAAAUUUAUCGAUGUACGUUUGAGCAACUUGUUGUUCUGAGUGAGUUUUGAUUUCAUUGAGCUUAAGUAAUUUGUAUUUAUAACUUUUCAAAAGAGAUUGAGCGGUUUUCUAUGUAAUAAAAGUGAACUUAUCCAGUAAUUUGCAGUGACACCUAAAUCUGUGGAAAAUUGUAAAUACGUAUAUUCCAUUUACAUCUGUAACUCAAUGCGAUAUUCUAAUUCCAUGGUCUAAUUCCUGUGAAUUUCAUGGAACUCCAUGGAGAUCAAUGGAAUUGGAUGCAGUAGUUUCCAUGGAAUUUCGUGGAACUUUUCCAUUGAAUUCUAUUGAAAUUGAUGUCCUUAUCCCCCAUGGAAUGCCAUGGAAAUUUUUUCCACGGAAAUCGAUGGAAUGCCAUGGAGGUAUUUCUUACGGUAUGUACCAAGUUAUUUAAAGGGGCUAUGUCACGCUAUUUUCUACCUUUUUAAAAAGCUAAAGCGUGUUUUCGAAUCAAUUGAAUUCCAAGAAUAAGACUAUGUUUAGGCAUUAAAACCGUUUCCUGUCGUCUGUUAAUAUGGAUGGCAAGGAUGAUUGAAACUUGAAAAAAUGGCAAGCCUUUUGAAUGCAAAAAAUGAGCAAAAAAUAAUUAUGGCUAGUGCUGUCUGAUAAAUUUUGUUUGGGACCUUCUCCAUAACUCUAAAGGAGCAUUUCGUAUAACUGUAUAGGCACUAAGUAAUGACUUCAGCACGUAAUAUUCCUAAAAACAGCAAUAUCCUCGAGACAAACCCCCUUUAACACCAGGAUAAAUUGAAUACUAUAUGAUUAAAACGCCCGAUCACUGUUGUGGGAAGUCAAAUCUCUUUCUUUUUUCCAUGAGCUUGACGUGGCGAGUGUUUCACCUUUUCCAAAACGAAACGUGUUAUUAUUCUCUUGUCUUAAAGCGUCAGCGUGUCCAAAUAUGGCAAUCCUGACAGGGACCUCAGGCAUCAUCACAAGUCCUUCUUACCCGGGAAAUUAUGGUAAUAACCACAAUUGCACAUGGAAAAUCAUGGCAAGUACAGGAAACCGCGUCAAGUUGGUCAUUCAAGACAUGGACAUAGAAAGUGGGACUAACUGUCCGUACGACUAUAUACAAAUUCAAAAUGCUGUCAUAUAUGGCAGUGGUGGGCUCCCUGGGCGUUUAUGUGGUUCACUCACCAGCAAUUCGACUUUUUCUUCUUACCACGAAACCUUGAUCGUAUGUUUUGUUACUGAUGGUUCUCUAACCGCCCGUGGAUUUAAAGCAAGAUACACUGUUAUUCCUGGUAAGUAGGAAGAAUUACGUUUUGCAGUGCUUUGCGCUUUAUCCAGUAUAGUAUGUUGCGGGUAUCCCGGCACAAUCAGGCUUGUAAACACUAGAAAUUCUUGUUUGAGCAUAGACGAUUUCUGAAUUUUGUCCUCAAAGAUAGUCCUUUACAUUUCUCUUGAAAGAUUUCCACUUUGCUCAAUUAAGCAUAUUUAAAAUCAGGGGCAUAGCCAGCCUUUUUUUUUUAUUUAAGCCCGAUUUGAAAAGGUCCUGAGAAAGCGAGGGAGGAGAGAUUCAUUCAUUCAGUCGCUUGUUCGUUCGUUCGUUCGUCUCUCCAUCCCUCCCUCCCUCCCUCCCUCCCUCCCUCCCUCCAUCCAUCCAUCCAUCCAUCCAUCCAUCCAUCCAUCCAUCCAUCCAUCCAUCCGUCCAUCCAUCCAUCCAUCCAUCCAUCCAUCCAUCCAUCCAUCCAUCCAUCCAUCCAUCCAUCCAUCCAUCCAUCCAUCCAUCUAUCCAUCCAUGCAUCCAUCCAUCCAUUCAUUCAGAGAGUUGUAAAACUUUGGAACUUGAAAAAAAAAAAAAAAAAAAAGAUUGAGCACUCCUAGUAUUAUGUAUAUUUGGUUGUUCAUUGAAAAAACGUUAUUGAAUUUUGAAAAGAGUGAAAACAUAAAAGGCCUCAAUAACACAAGUGGAUUUUUUGACAUUUCAAGAGCUUUUGCUCCUUGAAGAUCUGGUCAGUAUGGGCUUCGUACCUAGAUUUUCUUACUUAUUGCCUAUGAUGUGUUGAGGACUUAGCAGAAAGCCAAGUUAUCGCCUCAGCCAUAGACAGUUUUCAGAGGGAACAUGAAGAACAGCGGGUCAUCUUUGCUCAAAAAUGUUGUGUCAAAUGAAUAAUUAGCAGUUAUUCGUCAACGAACGGGUUCUUUUAGUUAAAAAAAAAAAAGAAAAAACGUGUCACAGUCACACCUUGAUAAACAGUUUUUGAAUUCUUUAUAAAGAACUCUGUUACACUCAAGUAAAAAUGUAACCUAGGCAGUAUUUCCAGCUUUUUGAUAUUUCCUCCAGCUGCUGAACAUACUUUACAGCGAAAUAUGAAAGAAAAUUCACGAAGAGGACUUAAAACAAACACGAAGGGAUCAGCCUGUUUACAAGAAAAAGCUUGGAAACUAUAACAAAUGUGAGUUUUCUAAUUUCUUCUUGUUUCAAUGGCCCAAAAUGAUUAUUAGUGUUUUGGUUACAUGGAUGAUAGUAGACUGCAAUUUGGCUGUCAGAGUUGUUCUGUCGUUUUAGUUGUGCGCUGUAAAUCAAUUCAAAAAUGCCCGAUUUUUGCUCGUUUGCAGACACUGAGUUUAGGUCAGAUAAAAUAAGAAAAUUUUAGUCUUGUUCGUGGUUACUUAACAAAUCUUAUGGUUUUAGAAAGUAGUUCUAUGAUGUGUUGUAUCGCAUACAAAAAAUAAACUUCGCUCGUUAAAUUUUGCGGGUUCUGUGAGUUUCACAAAAUGGUGAUAAUUUGCUUAUAAAAAUGGCGUCCGAGUGGUCGAAUAAAGUGAUGCUCGUAUCUCUAAUACAAGGGCAGUGAAGAACCUAUGUUUGGUAUAUUUGUCCAAUACUCCACCAGAACUAUCUAUGAUGUUAGUAUGAACUUAUUCUGUUGACCCCCUUCCGUUGACAUUUUAAAAAUUUUGACCGGUUUUCUAUGGCAACCACUCUUAAGAGAAAUGUUAGGGUUUGUGAGGUGUAAAUUUGGUUGUCCACAGAAAUUGAAAUUUCUUGGGAGUGUUAACAUCAUCAGAUACCGUAAAAUUCCGAAAAUAAGCCCCUCCAUGUAUAAGCCCCUCCAAAUAUAAGCCCCCCAAACCGGUAACGCAAAAAUCCCUCCGUUAAAUCGCUCCUCCAAAUAUAAGACCCCCGGGGGCUUGUACUUGGAAAAUUGCCCUCAACUAUAAAGUAAAACAAAGCAAAAACGGCAAAUUUCCUUUCAACUAUAAGGGUAGCCUAGUCGAUUUUGAAACGCAAAUUUCCCUCCGUAGAUAAGCCCCUCAAAAAGGGCCUUUGAAAAAUAUAAGGCCCGGGGCUUAUUUUCGGAAUUUUACGGUAUUUUCAGUGGCCGCUAAAUAAAGAGUAGAUUACUGAAUAAAAUAUCCUUUUAAAUGGCAGUCCUCCAAAAGUGACAGACUCUUGAUAUUAUUUAUUUAAGACAAUUUACGACAGAAACAUUAAAUAGGCUGAAAUUUUGCGACACGAGAGUGUUGCUACGGAGUUUUCGGCCUAAGUACCAAAUUUGCGCUGAAUUAUUCCUCCUAAGUGAACCUAAUAAAAAUUGUUUCCUACGUAAAAUCAUCAAAAUGGAAAAACUGAAAAUAGAAUGGAAAGCGUUACCAAACAGUCAUGCAAAGUCACUGUACAUCUAAAGUUAGCCGUUGUUAAAAGGGCACUGACUUGUAUAGUCUGGGAUAGCCCAGACUUAAUGCAAUUUGGAUUUCUUUUCUUUUCUUUUUUCUUUCUUUCUUUCUUUUUUUGUUUGUUUGUUUUUUUUUAAUAAUCCAAUCUCAAGCAGCAUUUAUAAACUUCCUAUACGUAGCGAGAUUUACAAUUGUACAUUCAACAACAUAAAUAGAGUUUCCAUUAUUAUCAUUAUUAUCAUUAUCAUUAUUAUUAUUACUGAAAGGCAGUAUUACAUGCCUGAGUGCUCAUACUAUUGAUGAAAUAACACAGGAGAUGGGCGUCUCACUUGUGCGAGUCCUGGAAAAAAUGUUUCCUCGCCCUAUUCUUGUUCGCGCCGGUAAAAUUUUCCAUGAACUCUCACAAGUGAGUUGUUUGCAGGCUAGACCGUAACCAGCCCCACCGCCGUUAAAUCGUUUUUUUUUUUUAGGUAAACUUUUGAAUUGUUUAAAAUAUCACUGCUUUACGGUAGAAAAAGAAAAUAGUUUCCAUUACCGGUAAGGAAAGGUUUAUUGUUUAUUACACCAAUAUGGCCGCCUUGACGCUGAGGAGGAAAUGAUCUAUGGUGUGGUUAUUAAAAUAGGACCUCUUUGGCAAUAGUUUAACAUGGUACCAGUAUGUUUUUCAGCUUAUGGACAUAAAGUUUGGAAAUGUGUUUGAAUUUUGACUUUGGACACCUUUGGCAGUGAAAGGGUUAAACAAAUAACCGUUAUAGCGAAGAUAGUAUGACGUUAUUACCUAACGUAUUCUUUUUUUGAGUUUCAGAUCGCUGGCAGAAGCUCAGUCGCUCUCCAGUGUGUUUUGGGGCCAAAGGUGACAAGUUUGGAAACUUCAGCGCUCCAGCUGGAAGGCUAGCUGCCAUAAAGCUGGUUUAUCUGUACGGUUAUGUAUCCUGCCGCACCCUUGUGACUUCCUAUUGGUCCUACUGGGGCUGUGGUGACAAUCCAACGAACGGAAAAAACACUCAAGUUAAUGUUGUCAUAACAAACUCGAGCAAUCAUAUUCUACUGCCACCAGAUCAGUUCAUCGGUGAUGCAAACAAUAAGUGGUACAAGAUUCCUGGGUAUAACUCCCUCUCGCCCGAGCUUGUUCUCUCAGUUUUCGGGGGUUCUGUAAGGCUGCUUUCCAGUCAAGUGUUGCGUCUGUGGUACGGUGAAGAUUUGGCGAAUCUGUCCGAGGGGGACAACGGGGGGACAGUUUGCGCCGACGUUUAUUCCAUCUUCAUCUGA